GGAUUUACUUGUUGAACAGGAGAAUCCUGCGGAUAUGACUGCUGAUGCGGCUGCUGCUACUGCUGCGGGCUUGUGUUCUCCUUGGCUCAUAGGCUUCAUGUGCACUGGGCAAAGCUGGAUGUUUCUCCUGCACUGAAGGAAGCCGCUUGCCCCCAAUUUGCAGCAAGGAUACCAGGCGUUUUAUCCUCUGAUACUGAUCAAUAUUCCUGCUGUCGAGUGACAGAUAGCAGACAUCUGGAGAGAUGAAGAUGCAUUCGCCCUGGGCUCGGUUUUACUCCAAUAGCUGUUGCCUGUGCUGUCAUGUGCGCACCGGGACCAUCAUCCUGGGAGUGUGGUACUUGAUAAUAAAUUCUGUGGUCCUUCUUAUAUUACUGAGUGCCCUGGCCGACCCUGAUCUGUACCAUCUUCCCAACAAUGAACUAAGAAAUGACUUUGACUUUAUGGACGAUGCUAAUAUGUGCAUCGCAACUUCUAUAUCCCUCCUGAUGAUUCUCAUCUGCGCCAUGGCAACGUAUGGAGCUUACAAGCAACACGCUGCCUGGAUCAUCCCAUUCUUCUGCUACCAAAUAUUUGAUUUUGCCCUCAACUCUUUGGUUGCCAUCAGUGUGCUCGUCUAUCCAAACACCAUUCAGGAUUAUCUCCAGCAGCUGCCGGCCAAUUUUCCCUACAAAGAAGAGAUAAUGUCUGUGAAUCCUACAUGCCUCGUUGGGAUUAUACUGUUCUUUAUCAGUGUCAUAUUGGCUUUUAAGGCCUACCUAAUCAGCUGUGUGUGGAACUGUUACCGUUAUAUCAAUAACAGGAAUUCCUCCGACGUCCUGGUCUAUGUAACCACUAAUGAUACCACAGUUCUGCUUCCCCACUAUGAUGAGAGCUUGAGUGGAACAGCCAAGGAGCCUCCUCCACCUUAUGUGUCAGCUUAACAGAAGAACCAAGACUCAAAACAAAAAAAAUGAAUCUUCAAGCAGCAGCUUUACACAUUGGCCGAGAUACUGGGGCAAUAGUACAUUUCUUUCCCUGGUUAUACCCUAUUGAAGCGACAGCACUACCAAAUAUCCUGUGAAUAAACAUUUAAUGGUCCAGAAUUUCUAACCCUCAUCCAUGGGUGCCACAACCUGAUCUAGGGAUAGAUAGGGGAACUGGGCCCAGUGAGAUUGCAGUGUUUUCUUCUUGGCUUCAUUAUGUGUAAAUCGCCAUGAGGCCUGUGUAUUUGCAAAGUGUAUUUGUGAGGUAUAGUAAUGUACAUCCACACAUCUGUGCUGGCAACCAUCACCAACAAACAGCACCUAACUGCCUACAUGAAGCUGCUUUUUACUAGAUGGUUUUGCUGCUUUUUAUUUGUUAACCUCUACCUUGGACACUGGUCAUACUGUAUAUAGAGGAACACAAGGGGGUGAUGUAAUGACAUUGGGAAAGUCUGCCCCUGGUCCAGUAACCCAUAGCAACCAAGAUACUGGUUUAGUCUGUAGAAAUAAGUCAAAUCAACUGAACUUGCUUUGUUUUUUCUUGAAGAUGUUCCACCAGUCAUCCAACAGACUUUCUCAAUUCAGAAUGACUUGUAAAUAAGAUCUUUUUGGUAUAAAUACCCUGAAAUGUUGCUCCAAUCAGCAUAAUCUGUUUAUCAUAAUCAGCGAGGAUCUCAUGAAGUUAGGUGUUAAUUGUAUUAACAUGAUGGCAGAUUUGAGGUGUUAUUAUCUGAGGUUUUAUUCCAGAAAGAUCUUAUUUACAAGUCAUUCUGAAUUGAGAAAGCCAGUUGGAUGACUGGUGAAAUGUCUUCAAGAAAAAACACAGCAAGUCCAGUUGAUUUGACUUAUUUCUAUAGAUACACCAUGACCUGGAUGAAUGAGAAUCUUCACAAACAUAAUCCAGUUAGUUUCGUUGAUUUUCUACUAUAGGUUACUUGUAAACAUUUCCCCUGUUGAAGUUACUAGUAAACAUUUCCCCAGUUGGAGUUACUAGUAAACAUUUCCCCAGUUGCAGUUACUAGUAAACAUUUCCCCAGUUGGCGUUACUAGUAAACAUUUCCCCAGUUGGAGUAACUAGUAAACAUUUCCCCAGUUGGAGUAACUAGUAAACAUUUCCCCAGUUGGUGUUACUAGUAAACAUUUCCCCAGUGGGAGUUACUAGUAAACAUUUCCCCAGUGGGAGUUACUAGUAAACAUUUCCCCUGUUGGAGUUACUAGUACACAUUUCCCCAGUUGGAGUUACUAGUAAACAUUUCCCCUGUUGGAGUUACUAGUAAACAUUUCCCCUGUUGGAGUUACUAGUAAACAUUUCCCCUGUUGGAGUUACUAGUAAACAUUUCCCCUGUUGGAGGUUAACGGCAGUUUUAGUAAUGCUGGUAUCCUGCCUCUAGCUGUACUUAAUAGUAUGCACAUAGGGCAUUGCUACAGAGUGUAUAGUAUGAGUAGGGUAGCUUGCAUGAACCCAAAGGAAGUAGUAACUUAAAUAAAGACCAAUGAAUCAUUAGUAUGUUGACUUUAAUUUUUUCCUAUGGAACAAGACACAUGAACUAUCUGAAAGGGAUUAUUAUUAGAAGCUAAUACUGCAAUAAUUUAAAUAAAUUUGAGCUAAAAAAAGAGCCACCUGUUUCAUUGCCCAAUGAUACCCUUGCUAGACUUGAAUUAAGUGGGUGCCCCACCUCUUGCCCAUUUUACUAUAAUUCUAUGAAUGGGUCUAGAAGCCCAGCCAAGGGAAACACAGUACAUGUGCUAUAAUAGAUCUCUUAUUAAUUAGAGGACAUUCAGCACGCCCCCUCAAUGAAUUCUAUAUAAUCAUAUAAUGUUGGCAGCUGCAGAUUAAGAGCAAUAAUAUGUAUUAUAGUCAAGUAAAAGAUGGAACACCUUACAUAUUAACAAGUUAGGAAUGUGAAAGUAAACUGCCACAAUAUGGUGAUAAUGACAUCUCUCUCCUUCUGUAGAGCUUAAGGAAAGCCUGGUGGGAAUCAUGUAAAAAAAAAAGUGCACUAAACCAUUGCAACCAAUUAAUAAUGAGAUUUGGUUGAUCUAAAGGAGGUUAGUAGGGGACCCUGCUAGGGGCCACACCUUGUGGACUGUGCUUGGCAAAUAUGCCAUGUCACCUCAAUUGUAUAUAAACCCCAAGUAAAACUGAAGCACUUACAAUCUAAUUUUGUGCCUGGGUGACACUAGGUUGGGGAGAGUCAGUGGCUGUGGUUACAAUGAGCUGCUGGGUAAGGUCCAAGCUUCCCUGAAAUAAGAUAAAUGCAUUAGCUGAGAUACCUGUCAACAGACACAUCAUUCUAUUUAGUUGCAUUCAGCCGGGGCAGCGAAUUGACCUUGAUGGCCUUAGCUUUGUAUUUCUGGUUGAGGGAUUACUAAUAAGCAUCAGGAGCCUAAAAUUAGCUGUACCUGUAAGUACCAUGUGUUCGUUACAGCUCACAGGUACCCCUGACAUUCCCUUCCCACCCGUGCAGUAUCCCCAGGAAUAAACUAACUAACAUUUCCAACAAUAUCACUAAAACGUACAAAUCUGUAGUCCGGCUAGAACCGAUUCAUUGGUUUUCAUUCCAUUUCUAAUAGGUAACUCGGUUAUUCAUAAGUGAGGAACCAUUUGAGGCUAGCCAUGUGCAAGUAUCAUAAAACUGCUCUAACAUUUCCACCAAAAUAGGAUCAAUUUCAUAUUUAGACCAGUCAUUGUAUCUAACAAUUCAAAGGGAAUCCGUUAUAAUAAACUGUUCUAAUUUGUGCCUGUAAAUCGUGUGUAGCACUGAGUAUAGUAAAGUAAUAUUGUAAAAAUA